AUGUCAUCAUCACAACCAACUACUAAAGAAGUGAGUACAGAAAACAAACCCAAAAGCAAGAUAACGGAGAAAAUCAAACCCACGGUCGCUGCACUAAAGGGUAAAGAAAAAGAAAUGGAUGUUGAUGAGGAUACCGAGAAGAUUAAUAAGUUAGAAGGACAAAUAGGACGAUUGGUUAUUCGUAGGUCGGGUAAAGUUCAAAUGUUAAUGGGUGAAUUAGUUUUUGAUGUUUCCCGAGGAUUAGAUCGAUCAUUUUUGGAGAAUGCAAUGGUGGUUGAUCCGGAUGUCACAAAUGUAUAUAAUUUCGGACCGAUAGAAAGUCAUUUGGUGGUGAAACCUGAUAUUUCAAGUGUAUUAGGUGGUUAG